AUGGCACCUCCAAAGGAAGCUGAGGUUGAGCUUCACGCCAUCAGCCGAACCCCCGAAUACGAGGAAUUCAUGACCAAGCUGAGAGCUUACCAUCAGGAGCGAGGCACGACUCUCGAGACCGAGCCCAAGGUCGGACCGGUUUAUCUUGAUCUGUACAAGACAUUCAACCAUAUUGUUGCAAAUGGCGGCUACGACAAAGUGUCCGAUGAGAAGCUAGCUUGGCGCCGGAUGGCUGAGCAGCUUGGCAUACACUCCUCCAACGUAGCCUCGACUGCUUUCUCUCUAAAGGAGAAGUACUACAAGAACCUUGCUGCCUAUGAGAUCAAGUUUGUUCAUGGCAAGGAGCCCCCUCCCAAGGACAUCUUGGAGGAUGUGUCGGCCAAGGGUGGCGGUCUUUUGAGCCGCACUAGGGAGAACUUCCGCGGAGUCAAGCGCGAUAGCGGCACAGUUGGUGACUCUGCGGCUGCUUCUGGAGAUGACGGCACCCCUACCCGAGAGCGUCCAACCCCAGAUGCCGCUCCCACAUCCAGCGUUCGAGCUUCACGAGGCCUGCGCGAGGCUCCACCUCAGAGAGUCAUUUUCCAGCCAGACACCGGCCCCUCCAGACCAACCCGCCAUGUUUCUGGCCAGCAGCUAGGCCAUGCCGCCACACCUAAUCCCACCGGUCAGCCAGGCGGCCAUCAUGCCACUCCACAGCAGGUCCAGCACACUCCUGUUCCUCUUCCGCAUCAGCCCCGGGCGGCGCCUCGUGGGCCGAGCGGCAGCUUCAACCCGCCCGAUGCCGAAAAUACCUCGACCGGUGUCGAGUCGUUUCUCCCACGUUCUCUGCAGCAGCAGCAACACAGUAUCCUUCCAAUGCGCCCUGUUGACACGCCGAGUAACAAUCCGGUCGAGUUCGCUCGACGUCGUCAGUUUAGACGCUCCCUUCUGGAGCCUCCUCGCCGUAGUGGGCCCUAUCCUGGAGUUGGAUACGACGGGCCGAACAUUUACAUCCGUUGUCUAUACGCCUUACGCUCAGGCACCUUCGAAGAGCAGCAGUUCGCACUCUACCACCUUGUCAAAAUUUCGUACGAACGUCAUGACAAGUUCAAGUUCGAAGGGUUUCCCGGGCUCAGUGAAGGCCUGGUAGAGAAGGUAUUGGAAGUCGGCAGCAUCUUCUACAAUGUGAAGUGGAAGAUUUCUUGGGUGUCUCAAGUGGCUGCCGACAAUUUCGACACUCUCGAUGGUAAUGAAGGAACGGAAGACAUCCUGGAGCGCAUCGACAAUCUCGAACCGAAGCAAGUCAAUGAGCUCAUUGUGCCCGCAAAGCUUGCCGACAAGAUGAUACUCAUCAACGAGGCCGCUCUGACGCUGAGAAAUAUGUCUCAGCUCCGGGAGAACGCCGCUCAUCUGGCCGAGUUCCUGCCAAUCAAGGACCUCAUCUGCAUUGUGCUUAGUCUUCCAGAGCACGAGUUGGUGGUGGAAGUAAAGCAUGCAAUGCUCGACAUUGCCGAGGCUUUGACCCCCUACAUUGAAAUCGACUCGAGCGACCCCUUGUACAAGGUUCUCAUGUGGCUUCUGAACGACUCUGACGAUCGCGGCAUCAUACUCACCACUCUCCGCGCACUCGGACGCAUCUCGAUGAACCUCGAAGCUACCAACAGAUUGGACAAGGUUCCUACGGCUGUUUUGACCAAGAUCGGCGAGUUGAUGCUACUCAACGACGACGAGCUGAAGGAUGCUUGUCUCGAUUUCUUGUAUCAGUACACGGCAGUCGUCAGCAAUGUCGACAACCUGGUCAAGUCACUCAACUGUGAGCACCUGGUUCAGCACCUGGUCCGCCUUCUUUCCCACAACGCUAGGCGAUACCAGGAAGAGACCCUUCUGAAGCCCAUGCCCAAGUCGCCCUCGACCGAUGAGCCUGCUGCUAUGCCCGAAGACCUACUGCAAGAUCUCUUGAAGCUGGAUGAGCCCGAGCGGUGCAACCAGUGGGUCAAGUGCUUCUUCGAAGAGGACAAGGAAUCCUUUGUUACUCAGAUUGCAGCCUGGCAGGCAUACCAGAAUGCUUUCAAAUCGGCGCUCCAGGCCAUUGGUCAGCCCCUCAUUACACCGGCUGACUUCAUUCGCAACAGCUGUUCGGUCUACAAGGGCUCCAAGGCUGAGGUCUGGGCUGGCAGCGGGGUUCCUGGAGAAGUCCAGCAGAAGUUCAUCAUUCAUGGCAUUCGAUGCCGAGUUCGACCUGUGGGCAUUGAGGGCCAAGUCUUCCUUCGAUGCUUGUGGGACUCGACGUCUGGUCGACCAAAUGAGAAAUGCGGCCACUUCUUUGGAAGCAAGGAGAAGAUGUGGAACCAUGUUGUUGCGGUCCACCUCAAGCUGGCACGCAAUGAGCAGGGUGGCUUCGACAACAAAGAGGAGGAGGUCAGAUGCCAGUGGGCCGACUGUACCAAGUAUCCGAAGCCCACAAAGAUGAAGCUUGCCCUGAUGGGCCACCACCUCCAGACUCACUGCUGCCAGAUCUUCAACGGCAUUGUCAUCAACGAGAAGAAAGCACAGGCUGGACCCCAGCCUAGUGACAAUCUUGUGGUCCACUUUGAAGAGACAGCCACAGCUCCUGACGAGCAGAACCCUGCAGCUCCUCCUCAAGCGGCUGGAAUUCCCCUCAGUGCAGUGCUGAUUCUCCGCAAUAUCGCCCGCAAUGUGGUCAAGACACCUGCGCAGGAAGACCUCCUUAAGCUACAUGAGCUUGGAGGUGAGGCUGGGGGCUGGAACGAGCGACUUUUCCGGACUUUGCUCCCUCGUCUCUACGAGGUAAUGACUGAAAACAAGGUUCUACGACCCCAUGUGUUCUCACUCAUUCAGCUCGCCGAGUCAGAGAGAGAUAUUUAG